AUGAUAGCACCACUGGCAAUCGCCGCCCUCGCCAUCGCUCCCCUAGCCACUGCUGCUCCAGCAGCAGGAUGGUCCCUCUCGGGUUGCGUCGCUGAUACCGGAUCAACUACCCUCCUCGACACGCUGGCAUACCAGGGCCCUCUCAACUCUGCUGCUCACUGCACAAAGCUCUGUGCUGAUAACCAGUACACCUACGCGGGGACGAAGAAUGGCGACCAGUGCUACUGCGCACGUCAACUGGCCUCGUUCGACUCCUCUGAUCAAUGCACCACCCCAUGCCCUGCUGCUGCCGACGAGUUCUGCGGUGGUCCCGCCGCCAUCAUGCUUUACCGCCCUGACGCCGCGGCGUCUGCCGGUGGUUCCGGUGCCGUGGGCGCCGUGCCAACCUCUGUUGCUUCCUCCGUUGCCUCCGCGUCAACCUCCGCCCCGCCCGCCCCAACCGCCACCAACUCAAACAUCGUGACUACCCAAGCCCCCGUCCCCUCCUCAAGUGCAACCAAGUACGUGUGGGCUCACCACAUGGUCGGAAACACGGAAUUCUACAAGGCCGACAACUGGACUGCCGACGUGACUUUGGCCAAGAACAGCGGGAUCGAUGGUUUCGCCUUAAACAUGGGCGCGACAGCAUACCAGCCCCAAAACGUAGAGUGGGCUUAUACAGCAGCCCAGCAAGUCGGCGGGUUCAAGAUGUUCUUCUCUUUCGACAUGACUUCUUUCCCAUGCAUGAACGCGUCGGACGUAACCACCAUCGCCCAGCUGGCCGCCAAAUACGUCUCCCAUCCCGCUCAGGCCAUGUACGGAGGCAAGGCCCUCGUCUCCACCUUUUCUGGCGAGACGUGUACUUUUGGUCAAGCUUCCGUCUCAGCAGGCUGGGACGCGGUACGCAAAGCCAUCGGAUCCGAAAUCUACUUUAUGCCCGCGACGUUUAUGACGACGGCCCAAGUCACGGAUGGGACAUGGUACGACGGCCAGAUUCACUGGGACGCUGCGUGGCCGCAGGGCGCCGACCCUCUCACCACCCGGAAUGACACUGAUUGGAUUUCAGCCCUAGGUACAAAGGGGUACAUGCCGCCAGUGUCCCCGUUCUUCUUCACCUAUUAUGGCAAGGACAGCUGGGACAAGAACUGGAUUUACCGGUCCGACGAUUGGCUGCUUGCGACGCGGUUCGAACAGGUCAUCGGCAUGCGGGACAAGGUGGAUAUGCUGGAGUUGCUGAGCUGGAAUGACUUUGGUGAAUCGCACUACCUCUGCCCCCUCCCCGACGCCGCCUCCCAACCCAACUCGACGUGGACGACCAACAUGCCGCACACCCCCCUCCUCUCUCUCGUCAAGCACUACUCGACCAUCUUCAAGACCGGCACGCCACCCACCGACGAGGGACUGUGGCUAUGGACGCGCCCGCACCCCAAGGAUGCUGUUCCCAGCAACCCGACCCUCGCCAAACCCGCUCGCGCCGAAGACACCGACGACAACCUGUACGUCGUCGCGUUCCUGACGCAACCUGCGAAUGUGCGGAUCUGGAGCGGCACAUCGGAGACGUCCGGGCAGGUGGAGGCCGGGUUGAUGAAGCUCAAGGUGGCGAGCGCGACCGGUGUCUUUGGGGCCGAGGUCACUAGGGAUAACAAGACUGUUUUGUCGUACAGCUCAGAGGGCCAAUUGGAGUAUACCGACAAACCGGUCGAUUACAACUUCAACUACUUUGUUGCUGAGGGCGCCAAGGGCAAUCAGAAGGACUCGCGCGCGGGCCGCAUCGAUGUCGGCCUCAGUGUCGUCGUCGGCGCCAUGGUCGUCGCCAUGCUCUUCUAG